AUGGGCAACCUCUGCAGCAAAUCCUCCUCCUCCCCCGGCGACAACUUCGCGCAGCCCGGCCGCGUCCUCGGCUCCGCGCCUCCCCAGCCCCAACGCGCAGCCGUCCCGGCCAAAAUCAUCAGCACUAAUAAUUACAACAACAACAACAAUCAUAAUAAUAAUAAUAAUCCGCCGCGGACCCUAGGCGGUAGUGUUGUUGGAACCGCGCAGCAAGACCACGGCAACAACAGCAACAGCGACGCCGCAGAGGAAGCUAGAAGACGAGCCGCUGAAGCUGCCGAGGCACGAGCGCAAGCAGCAUCCAAGCCAGCAGGAAAACUAGGCGCGCAGCUAGCGGCGCAGAAGAAGCAGACGCGCAACGAGACGCUGAAGGAGCUUAGCAGUAAUGAGCUAAGACAACGAGACGCCGACGAGGCGGCAGCGGCGAGAAGUCACAACUAG